AUGAAGAUUGACCCGGAAGCCGGUUUCGCUCCCACCCUUCACCACAAGGGUGACCCGCGCGACGAGAGUGGCACUGCUUCCGCUCCGAGCGCCACCGUCGCGCCGCCUGUUACGACGGAUCCAGCAGCGGCCGCAGCAGCUCCGCCCGAUUCGCCCGCAUCGAACAUAGUCCCCGGCACGCCUGAACUCGCAGCGAGGGGAUCUCGCCGCGUUGGUAACCCGUCGCCGUCAUCGCCGCUCUCCAGCGUGAGCGGCAGCCGUCGGAUCGUCGCCAGCGAGUUCAUCACGGAAGAAGGCGGCCAAGCCGCGACCUUGGCGCCGACUGCCGCGGCGUCCAUCGCGGCGUCUAUCGCGGCCGCGAAUUCCCCUGCUGCAUCUGCCGCGUCUGCUGCGCCUGUGCGUGUGCCGCGCCCGGUAGAGUCCAGCCUGGGAGACAGUCCGUGGGAAGACGUCGUGCAGCCAGUGCAGCGCGGAUCUUCCACGGCAGCCUUCAAAGACAAGCAGCCCAAGGAGACCGCGGAGGAGGGGAAAGAGGAAUCCUUCAAGCAGGCUGUGCUUGCGACCCGUGAAAAUCCGUCAAGCAGGUCUGCAGGCAGCUCCCCUGUCCAUCCCGCCUCCCUUCCCACCGCUGCUCCAGCUGUUCCCGCUGUUCCCGCUCCUGCGCCUUCUCCUGCUGCCUCAGCUUCUCCCAGUCGCAGCAGUGGGUCAGCCACCCCUGCUGGUCAGUCGGAGCAGGAGAGCCGCAAGAGAAGCCUGUCGUUCGGCCUGAGCCACAUCCGAUCCGCUGCUGCAGCCGCUGCAGGAUCCAUCCUCACGCCCAGAGGCACCCCUAAAGCUAGCAGUAAGGACGCGGCAGCAGCAGGAGGAGCAGCAGUAGCUGGGCCGCCACACUCCCCCGCAUCUGCGCGGCCUGGGCAGAUUGAAGAAGGAUCCCCGUUGAAGCAGAGGAAGGAGCAGGCAGCAGCAGCAGCAGGCGCCAUAGGGGGGGGAGAGGUCCCCGAGUGGGAGGAGGAGGGGAGCGAGGGGGGAGAAGGAGGGUAUGUAGAGCAGCUUCAGGGGAACGCUCCUUCUGCAUCGGCGCUGCUGGCUCAUCAUCAUCUGCCCCAGCAACAAGAGCAGCAGCAGCAGCAGCAGCAGCAGCAGCAGCAGCAGCAGCAGCAGCAGCAGCAGCAGCAGCAGCAGCAGCAGCAGCAGCAGCAGCCAACAGCUGGAACCGGGUCUGCAGCAGCGCCUGGGCCGCCCAUGGCUCGGCGGCAUGAGAUGCUGGUGGACAUGCCUGUGCCAGGCCUGUCUGAUGUCGACGUGCCCUUCCGCAGGUACUUCCACGCACCAGAAGAUCAGCCGCCACAGCAGCAGCAGCAGCAGCAGCAGCAGCAGCAACAUGCGUCAGCAGCAGCGAAACCUGCCCCAUCUGCUCCCCGUCCUUUGGCUGCCCGGCAGUCCGAGAUGCUGGUGGACAUGCCGGUGCCGCCCGUGGUGUGUUCCCUGGAGCCCACUGAGGCGGAGAUCAAGCGCUACGCCGAGAGUGGGGUGACCUGGAGCGGACCCGCUGGGAAGGCGGGCGCGGGAGGAGGAGGAGCAGCGCAGCAGCAGCAGGAGCGGCAGGGUAUGCAGCAGCAGCAGGGCGCGUUGCAGCAGCAACGGCGGAGGUCUCAAGAGGAGGAGGAGGAUGAGGACAGCUUCGUUCCAGUGGAAGCCCCGUACGCGCACGGCGCAUGGGCGAGUGGGUGUGCUGCGGAGAAGCUGUUCGGCGACGAGAUGCAUGUGCCGACCUGGCCCAGCACGCAUCACGAGCACCUGUACGCGCCUGUGCAUGAGGAUCGCACUAUGGGACCCAGCGCACAGCACGAGCAUGGACACGGCUUUCCACCCACGGGUGGUGGUGCAAGGAGGGGGGUGGCUGCGGCUGCUCCUGCUGCGGCUGCUUCCGGUACUGGAAUAAGCAGCAGCCCUGCGAGUACCUACCACACUGCCGCGGCUGCUGCUGCUGCUGCUGCUGAAAGCCCUGCGAGUGCGUACGGCACACCUGCUGGCAGCAGGGAGGCGAGGUAUCGCAGGGAGAGCAGUGGCAGCAACAGCUCCUAUGUGGGCGGUGCUGGCAGCGGUGCUGCUGGUAAUGGCAGUGGUGCUGCUGGUAGUGGCAGCGGUGGUGCUAAGAGUGGUGAUCGUGCUGAUGAGGGGGAUCCUGAGGCGCAUGGUGGCAGCAGGGCGAGUCAGGAAGGACGUGCUGUGGGGCGUGCGGGUGCACGUGCUGGUGCACGUGGUGCUGGUGAACGUGGUGCUAACAAAUCCUCCCCCUGGCUGCAUGCCUGCCGCCUGCAUCUCUCCCACAAGCUCGGCUCGGGGGACUUCGGAGAUACGGGGAGUGAAGCGAGUAUGGAGGAGGCGGGGUUACAGUCAGCCUACGAGCAUCCUGUAGCCGUGAAGGUUCUGCACUCGCUUCCCCGCCAGGCUCUCUCUCUCUCUGCUCCGCCGGCUGAACAGCUGGCCUUGCCUGGGGCAGCAAGGGCAGCAGCGGCAGUGGGCAGUAAGGAGAGGCUGGAGAAGCUGGUGAUGGCGCUGAGAGGCUGUCUCUCCUCUGCUGCUCACUUCUCCAAUGGUCUCUCCUCUGCGUGCUGUGGGCUGGACCUUCAUCCCCCUCGUGUCAUGCAGGUGGCAGUGGUGUCGCCGCUCUUUGACAAGUCCAUUGCUGACAUGAUGCAGAAGCUGCCAGGAAACCGCCUGCCGUUUCACCUCUUUCUCAGGUACGGGGCAGCAGUCUGCAGGGCGGUGCAGCAGCUGCACGAGCAGGGCGUGCUGGCUCUGAACCUACGCCCUUCCAACUUCCUCCUCCCCUCCUUCCACGAGGAUGAUGCCGUCUUCCUCGCCCCGCCGGGCCUCCCAUGGGCGCUUGCAGACAUGCAUGCGGACCCGUUCUCUCCAAUCCCCGAGCUGGCAGCAGCAGCUGGUGGAGCGAACGCGUCUCCCGUGUGGGCAGGAGUGCCGGCGUACAUGGCACCAGAGCAGUGGGCGGCAGCAGUGAACGGGCCCCUACUGGAGGGCACUGACGCCUGGGGCUUCGCGUGCGCUGCCCUGCACAUGAUCUCAGGUGUGCCCCCCUGCAACAACAUGACACUGGAGCAGAUGCAUGACGUUGUCACUGCCCACGCGCCACACAACCGCCACCACUGCCGCCACCACAGGCGCAUGGCAGACCACUGCAAGCGCUUCCCUCCCUCCUCCACCCCCUCCCCCUCCUCCUCUCCCGCUGUCUCCCCCGCCAAGACACCCACCUCCCUGCCGGCGUGUGUGUCGGCAGCGCAUCUGGCAGCGCUGCAGCAGCUGCCACUGGAGCUGGAGGCGGUGCUGCUGCGCUGCUUCCACAGCGACCCUUACAAGCGCCCCUCGUUCCACACACUGCUCCGUGCCUUCACCCGUCCCACGAGCCAGUACCUCCCAGGUGACUGGGUGCGUGUGCCUGCUUCACCGUCCACCCCUCCCCACAAGCAGCAGCAGCAGAGGGUGGGAGUGGUGGUAGCAGUGCGGGUGGGAGAGGCAGUGGUGGCGGUACAGCUGUGUGACAAGCGCCCUGGCGACCUGGUGGCUUACCCAUGCAAGAACGUGCUGGGAAUCGUGGAGGAGCCUUUCCAAUGUGGUGAUCGCGUGCGCAUUAAGAGGGGAGUGGGGAAUCCACGAUUCGGCUGGCGUGGAAACAGCAGGAGCAGUGAGGGUGUGGUGACAGUGGUAGACGGCAGCGAUGGUAUGCUGGGCGUGCGGGUGGAUACGCCUUCUCCCUCCUCUUCCUCCUCCUCUUCCUCUCCCACACCCUCCACCGCUCUCUGGCGAGUGGACCCAGCUGAAGCGGAGCGAGUGACUCACGGCAUUGCAGUGGGGGACUGGGUGCACAUCCUUGCACCAGACGCAGUUGCGCUCAUCGCCUUCACCAGACGUGUCGCUGCAGCUCGUGCUGAUGCCACUGCAGAUUACAAGAAUACCGGAGUCGUGCAACCGUUUGCCCACCCGUCCUUUCUGGUGGAUGUUUCCCCAGAGACCCUCCCGCCUCUGGGGGUGGUGAAACGGGUGGUGGGGGAGGCAGUAGAAGUAGCCGUGGCAGGCGGAGAGGGGGUGAUAGGAGGGUUGGAGCCGGCAAAAGGGGAUGUGAGGCGUGUGGAUGGGUACAGAGUGGGGCAGAUGGUGCAGCUGAGGGAGGGGGUUGUGCCCCUGUAUGGGUGGGCGUAUCUCUGGUACCAUCCGGGAGAGGAGGGUCAUGCUGGCAAGAGGAAUGGCCGGAAGCGAGUCGAGGGUCAUGCUGGCAAGAGGAAUGGCCGGAAGCGAGUCGCUGCUGCUCGUAUUGCGACAGUGCACCCAAAUGGGUUUCUGACAGUGCAUCUGCCGGGUGAGCUGUGGAACUCGUCCCGCCACUGGCUCGUGCAUCCCGAGCAUGUGCAGCCAGUGGGGUUGCGCUCCUGCAAGGGCCUGCAGAAUAAGUGGGAGUUACUAGGAGAAGUACACUGGUCGCUGCAGCCUCUCUCCUUCAUCUCCUCCCUGUUUUUGAUGUACCUAGCCUCUCGCUCCAUCUCCAUCCCCUUCAUGCCUUCUCUGCUGCAAUCUGCGAAAGAAAUUGGUUCUGACUCUGCCGACGCUGCAGACCAGGCCACUGGUCAUGCUCCACGUGGAGGUGCAACCCCAAGGUAUGCUGCCAGGGGGGGAUCUCCAUCGCCCUUGAAGCUGUUCGGAUGGGGUGGGAGGAAGGAGAAGGAUGGCUCAGAGGAUAAUGGGAGCAGUGGAGGAGGGAUGAGCAGCAGGUCAGAUCAGGACAGCCGCAGCAAUGCUGCUACUCCUGCUCCAGGGGGGAGUAGCAGGGCGGGUGGUAGUCGGGCUGGUGGUGGGGAUAGUAGUAAGGCUGGCUCUGCUCGCGGAGGAAGUUUCACUGCUGCGAGUGGAGGAGGUGGUGGAGAUAGUGGCAGGACGGGUGAUGGAUCCUUGGGAAAUAUAUCUGUGCCCCAUGGAGAGGGGAAUGGGGGGUGGAACCCAUUUGCGCCCAAGCCUGAGCCUACUUGGUUGCCUUCACCUCUAGCGCGGAUGCUGCCAGAAGCUGUUGGAGGUAGACGCAGACGUGACGGUCAGUAG